CAAUUAACGUCAUAUGCAUCGCCAUGAAGACACUGGAAAUCCUUGCUCUGUGCCUAUUGGCAUCUGCUUUGGGAACUUACGCCGACUCUUGCUCAGGUCGAUGUGGUGACAAUAAUUCAAAUUAUGACUGUCAAUGUAACAGCGCAUGUGUGAGGUAUCAGGACUGUUGCCUAGACUAUUUCAGCAGAUGCAAAGGAGCUGCUGGGCUUUCUGAGUCAGAACUGAGCUCCCUCGCACAAGAUCUUUGGAAUGCAGAUGUCAAUCGUCUGAGUAGUUCUGAUUACGAUAUUAACGUACAGACGAAGAUCACAGACACAGGCCUAAAACAAGACAAAAGUGGCAACAACUUCUUUGACUACGUAAAGACGUCUAACAUGGGAGGGACAUGGGACUCGUUCGAAAAACUCCUCGACAAUUACAUAAUGAAAACCGGAGAAACUGAAAAUAUUGUCACAUCUGAAAUGGACAAUUUCAUGAACGACGUCAUGGGGACCGAAGUCAUGAAGAUAACCUAUGCACUUCUGAACAAAAAAGGGUACUUUGACAACGAGAGUGAUUUCAAGACGUACAUUGAGGGCAUAUGGUUCCAGCUCUAUUCCAGAUCAAGCGGGCCGAUGGAUUCUUCUGCUUUUGAACACACCUUCGUCGGGGAGAUCAAGAAUGGGGCCGUCUCUGGUUUUCAUAACUGGUUUCAGUUUUACCUCUUGGAAAAGGAAGGAAAAGCGAAUUAUUAUGGAUAUGUCGAGCAAGCCAAUCCCGACCUGAUUCUAAUGCAAUUCAGCGUCAAGGAUGGCUCCAGCACCUAUGUGAAGACGUUGUCCUCACUCAUGCACGGUGUCAGUCCCGAGUUCGAGCUCGCGCUCUUCACCACUUGCUUCGUGUCUGAUCCGGGUUCUGCCUGCUCUUUCCAACUCGAGGGUAGUAGCGUGACCAUCCAAACAUGGGAUUACCAGGAUCGUAGUUUGAUCGGAUCCGCUUAUUUCAGCAUAUAAAUCCGCCAUAUGCCUUAUGCAUUGACGUCAAAGCACCGCCAUCUUAGAGGCUGAAGCCAUUUCAUUGAGUGCGUUGGUCAUGUUGGCGAUCUGUAUUACAGAU